AUGGCCCGAGUUGUGAGGAGAGCUGCCUCGGCUGCGGCCUGGCGCGCCCCCAGUCGGGCCAUCGAGAGGAGAGCUCGAAAGCACAAAGUGAUUAUGGAGUCGGUGACCCAAGAGAAGAAAAAGUUACGAAGUGUUAUCUGUUUUGAGGCGAAAGCACCCACGGGCUAUACUUUCAUACCCGCUGGAAAUCCGCUUCUUACUACAGCUUGCAAGGAACGAUGUCGGAAAGAAGGCUCUCAAAUCUAUGCGGUUUCGACAACCCCUCAUCAACACACCCACAACCUCUCUCAACAUGUCCACCGCAUAGGUUAUCAUUUCCCAAGCACGGUGGUCGCAGCAGUAUGCUCGGAGCUCGGAUUGUAUCUCACCAAUACAGGAAAGGCAGUCUCCCUCCACACCGUUGGCACUCUGAAGGAUCGUCGCCCAUCAGACUCUGAUGUUUCCCAAGAGGUGAUCAAUACAGAAGCAAGGGACGCGAUCAAGGAUCUGUUUCCCAACGUCCCAGAUAAAGAUCUGUUUCAGAUAAUCAAGACAUCAUUUCAAAAGGGUCAACGCAAAGUUGGUACAGCAUCAGAAUUACCUUUAGCUCGCCGAGCACAGUUGGCAGUAGUGGCCCAUGUCCGCCACCUCUACACUGACUAUGACCGACUUCUUAAACAGGGGUCAUUCCAGGAGGCCAGAUCUGCGGUCGAGCAACCCACUUUGGCCAAAGUUGUUGCAUGGCGUGGUGAUGAUGAGAAUGGCCAGACUCAGCUUGAAGAUGUUUUCCGGGAGGUCAUCGUAAUAUCGGAUGAUGAAGACAGUGAAACCGAGGAAGAAUCGGCCACUACUGAUACCCUGGACUACAGUGUGGAAAUUUUGUCGAACACGCCCAGGACCCAUGAGAUUCAGACUCAACCCAUAAGUGCAGAUUCUGUACCCAUACAGGAUGCCACUCGGGAGCUUUCCGAAGAGGCGCCACCUGGUUUCCGAAUUAUCCCCAAAACUACUACUCAAAGCACCAUCAAUCGGCGAGGAUUUAGUAGAUACCAAGCCUGGAAUCGUGCUUUGCAUAGAUACCGUGCUGAAGCUCAAGGCACCGAGCAAACUCGGCAUGGUGAUGUCUCUCCGGAACAGCAAAGUCCUCGAUAUGCGAAGCGACCUGCUGCCACCCAGGAAAGUUUGGAGCCCAUACGGCGCCGAGAAAUUUCUAACCUUCCUGUGGAACCCACUCCCAGACCCAUCUCAGGCUCUCAGUAUGCUGAACAACCAAUUCAACGACUGCCUCCAGGCAGGACUCACGUAGGUACUGUGGACAGACGUGUUCUGUUAGAAGGGGAACGCCCAUUCACUCAGCUCGGGACCAUGGGAAGGCCUCCAGCACUAACCGCACAGAGACCACAUGAGAUACGCCUCACGGAAACAACCCCUCGCUGGAACGUUCAUACCAAUCACCCUCAAGGUAAACUUCAGUCUAUUGUUGAUCCAACGCGACUUGAAAGGGUUCCUAUGCCAUCAAACGACCGAUUCAAUGCCCCCGUAUUUGUGGGUGGUCCCAGGGAGUUGCAACAAAGCAAUGAAAGCCAAUUUGGUCCAAGGACUGAACUCGCCAUGCCCUUCCAGGCCCGACCGGGGGCAAUCUCUCAGGAUCAAGUUCUCCCUUCCAUUGAAGCUCCUUGGCCCUUGGAAAAACGGCGAACGGAAUUCCGUUUGGAGCACUUGACUAAAAGAAUGUCGCUUCGGUCCGUAACCCCAGUUCAACCCCAAGGAGAGAAUCAUGGCAAUGGAUCUGGCCCAGGUAGCCCGGAAGAUCAAAAUUGCAAGCGGAGAAGAUUGGCGUACUACGCUGGUCCUCACCCGGACUCCCGUCCUGAUACUUGGAAUGCAAGACCUACUGGAAUCCCGGUUCCUGAUGAACAGGGUCCAAGGGUCCAGUAUCGCCGCGAUGAACUCGGACCCGAGCAUCGUGCACAGGACGUGCAAUAUCUGCGCCGGGACCACCCCCCUCCAGGUGAACAGCCUCUGCUUAUAGGACAUCAGCGUGAAAGACAAACUGGUCCUUUUAUUCCGCAGGUCAUCAGCUUGGAUUCAAGACGGGAUUUGGACCGCACACACCCCAUGGAUUCAUUGGGGCAUCUUCCUAUGCACCCCUACCAGCCUUCUACUGGACAAAAUGGCAUGAUGACAGCUGGCGAUCGAACAUUCAGAGCGACGCCAGAUGUGUCUCGCCCUGAAGUUCGCUCGUACUAUGGCGAUCGUAGCCCCCGCAUGGAGCAUAUCCGUCACUCAACCCUUCAGGAAGUGCGCCCCUCCAUCUGGAACCCUCGUAUUGAUGGUGACCGUCCCGUGGCCCAUAAUGCUCCCCACGGAAAACAUUACGCUGAUGGCUUUGUUCGCUCGGUGGAUGUUCGCGAGGCUCGCGAGCUUCGUCCGGUUGACUAUUCCCUUGAGCGCCCAAGACUCCAAUCUACUCGCGGGCCAGAAAUCUCCAUCCAACCAAGCAGGACCAGGAUCCCUGACCAAGUGCAUGCCAAGGAUUUUGUUCAGCCUCGGGCCACUUCGGAGCAACGCCUCCCAAGUCCCCUAGUGAUGCAUAACUUUUACCACCAGACAUCCAGCUAUCUAGACACUGUUUCAGGGAAUCGUCAGCCUCAAGGACGUGUACCCACUCCCCGGGAAAGACGGCCUGGCAGCGGACUAAGCACCACGCGACGCGUGCAUGAUCCCCGAACCUUUCAGAUGGCGGAACAGAAUCGCCCUGUCUAUGUGCAACGAGUUGAAUCGCAGCCGCCUCAGUAUCCUAUGUCAGAUGGAAGGCCUGUGAUCGUCGUGGAUUGA